AUGUCCUCCGUAGCGCAUCACAGUCAUCCGCCCACCGGGAAUGGGGUGACUAAGCGCAAGUCAGGCGCCGCGGCCUGCGUUCACUGCCAUCGACGCAAAGUCCGAUGUGAUGCCCGCAUCGUCGGCCUUCCUUGCUCCAAUUGCCGGUCCGCGGGAAAGUCGGAUUGCCGAAUCCACGAGAAAAAGAAACGCUUGACUGUGCGAUCCAUCCUCGAUCCCGUUCCAAUCCGCUGUCGACCCCCUCCUGCUUCUGAGUCUACGCACAAGCCUUCGCCUGUCACGGCUACAACCCCACCUAGCGCUUUCACCACCGCCUUCCGCGCCGUUCAACCGGAAGUGACAACUCCAAUUGCGCCUCCCACCUCAAGCCUCCAUACCCUUCACCAUACCCUUAAUCAUAAUGUUAAUCACCACCCUCCGCAUCAUGGCACCAGGCCUACCACGGAAUCCCCGGCAUAUAGCCGCCCUUCCGGUCCGGAUGUGUCGACUGAACCAGACUCGCAUGCAGAGUUGGAGAAACGACUCGUGAAGCUCAUUGAUGAAGAAGAAUCGGGCAGUCGGGAGAUUCAGAGGGGUGUUCGAGCGAUCUACGUGGGCCACGAAUUGUCCAACAUGUCCUUCUUAAUCCGUCAACAGCGUGACAAGGAUGACGACGUAUAUCACUUUGCGGGCAAUGAGAUUCCCCGACGGCAGCUGAGGACAGGACACGACCAGCUCCUCAUGGACGCUCUCACAUUGCCAGAACCGGUCCUAGCGGAUGAGCUGGUGCAAGCUUACUUUGACCACGUCAAUCCAGGAUAUCCCAUCGUCGACGAGGACCUGUUCAUGGCCCAGUAUCGAAAUCGGGACCCCGCUGAUCCACCGCCGAUACUGCUACUACAGACCAUCUUGUUGGUAGGGGCUCAUGUCACUCGUCCGAAGGCGGAGCGUGAUACCCUUAAGGAUAUCUUCUUUCGUCGUGCCAAGUGGCUGUUUGACAGCCGCAUCGAACGGAAUCGCGAUAUCCUGGUGCAAGCUGCCCUACUCAUGACUUGGCACUCAGAUGGCGCCGACGAUGAUGUUGCGGCCAACGCGCAUUACUGGGUUGGCGUAGCUGCGAGGAUCGCUACUGGCCUUGGAAUGCACCGCAAUCCUGUCUCCAGCCGAUUUGUAUCUCGUGAUCGCCGAAUGUGGAGGAGGCUAUGGCACAUUCUGGUCCAGUUUGAUGUUAUGGUUUCUCUUUCUUAUGGUCGACCCCAGGCUAUCAACCUCGAAGAUUGUGAUGUGUCUUCAUUGACGGUUUCCGACUUUGAAGGAUGCGGACCUCGUGUCCAAUCCGACUACGUGAUUCAUUUCUCUGAGCUUUCCGUUAUGAUUUCGUACAUUAUCCGAAACCGCUUUGGGUUACGAGUGAGCGCGGAGCGUCGCAAAGCCGUCCUGCAAGAAGCCGACGAAGCGCUGGCCAAUUGGUCUUUGAAGCUGCCCGAUAAGCUGCGUCUUCGAGCAUCUGACAUGGACCCGUGGUCCGCCAUGCUCCAUCUCACUUACAACAACUUCCUCAUUCUUCUCCAUCGCCCACACCCCCGGGCAUCUGCCUACUCGGAUGACUAUGGGCCACACGACGCAGAGAUCUGCAGCGCAGCAGCCGGAGUCAUUACCUCCAUCUUUGAAGAACUCCGUUUGAACGAUCGGCUCAAGUUCCUCUGGUACUCGGGAGUUCACACCCUCUUUACAGCCAUGAUCCAAGUACGAGUAGAACUUCGCUUCUCCAACCCCGUUCUUGCAAUCAACGCCCUCCGUCGCUUCGACUCGGCCUCUUACUCCCUCCGCGAACUAGCAGGCUACUGGUUCCACGCCAGCACCAUCCUCCGGCUGUUCGAAGACUCUAAACGCCUCCAAGAAGACCUCCGAAUGGCCACCAGUGAACGUCCCCGCCGCUUCAGCAACCCUCAGGACCAAAUCAAAAACACUCACCACUCCUCUUCGGCAUCCACCUCUACCGUCACCACCACAAUGCAGACCCCUCAACCAGCAGACCGUCCCCUCCCCUAUGAGGUUCCCACACCGGACUCUACGCACCUGACCACCACAUCGACAAGCCCACACCACCCCCAACCCCACCAAGUAGACACCUGGAUCCCACCACCAUUUACCACCAUGACCCCAGUAGUCGAAGCCAUCGACGCGCCCCGUGGAUCUCUCGACUGGCGACAACUCUUCUCUUUCGCCGACCUGGAUCAGCCCGUCCUCCCAAUGGCCAUGGAGGGACUCCCCGAAUUGGAAGACGAAUGGCGUCAAAUCUACUGGCAAGAUGCCCCAAUGUCAGACCUUCUUCAGGAUGGUGGCUGGAUGCACGGUUAG